AUGAAGAAGACAAGUCCUUACAACUCAAGAUGGGCAGAGAGACGAUCUACUGUGGUUUACGCGGUGCGCUCAGCCACCUUCGGCUCUUGGAGGAUGCUCACCCUGGGGUCGGAGUAUGAGGAUACCUGGGCUCCAUCACCUGACAAGAAGCGUCAACCCACGCAACAGAUGGAGGGGGAGCCAGGGCUCACUGAGGGCACAGACACCUGCAGCGGUGACCCGGAGGAACCUUUAUGGAAAGCCUCUCACACUGACACAGGGCAGAAGUUUGACACAGUUUUACACUUGGAUGGAUCGAGCAGGGCUGGGAGAAGAGAUGGUGUGCGUCACAUGGUCAAGAAGCACCAGACCCUGAACAACACGCUGUGGCCCCGCAGAAUGGCUCGCUUCGCAGAAGAUCUACCCACCCGCUAUGGAGGAGGCGCAGGCGGAGCAGGGAGAGGCGCGCCGGGCGCUGGGAGAGGGGGAGCCCGGGGUGGCGGCGCUCCGGGUGGCCAAAGGAUGUACAAGCAGUCGAUGGCCCAGAGAGCCCGGACAAUGGCCAUUUACAACCCGAACCCUGUCAAACAAAACUGCUUCACCGUCAACCGCUCCCUCUUCAUCUUCCGAGAGGACAAUCUCAUCAGGAAGUAUGCAAAGCGAAUAACAGAGUGGCCUCCAUUUGAAUACAUGAUCCUGGCUACAAUUAUCGCCAACUGCAUCGUCUUGGCCCUGGAGCAGCAUCUACCCGCCAGCGACAAGACACCCAUGUCAGAACGCCUGGACGACACAGAGCCCUACUUUAUUGGAAUAUUCUGUUUCGAGGCUGCCAUUAAGAUCAUCGCCCUGGGCUUUGCGUUUCACAAAGGCUCCUACCUCCGCAAUGGCUGGAAUGUAAUGGACUUCGUGGUCGUCCUCACGGGAAUCUUGGCCACGGUGGGUUCAGACUUUGACCUGCGAACACUGCGGGCGGUGAGAGUCCUGAGACCCCUCAAACUGGUGUCAGGAAUCCCCAGUCUCCAGGUGGUGUUGAAGUCCAUAAUGAAAGCCAUGGUUCCCCUGCUUCAGAUCGGCCUGCUGCUCUUCUUCGCCAUCGUCAUGUUUGCCAUCAUCGGGGUGGAGUUUUACAUGGGCAAAUUCCACCAGACCUGCUUCAAGAUCAGCACGGGUGAGAUAGCAGCAGACUGGCCUUGUGGUCACGAGCCCCCGGCCAGGUUGUGUCCUAACGAGACGCAAUGCAAAGAGUACUGGAAUGGACCCAACUUCGGUAUCACAAACUUCGACAACAUCCUAUUCGCGGUGCUUACUGUGUUCCAGUGCAUCACCAUGGAGGGCUGGGUGGACAUCCUCUACAACACUAAUGAUGUGGUAGGAAACACCUGGAACUGGCUCUACUUUAUACCUCUCAUCAUCAUCGGCUCCUUCUUCAUGCUCAACCUGGUGCUUGGUGUCUUAUCAGGAGAAUUUGCCAAAGAGCGAGAACGUGUGGAGAAGAGGCAAGAGUUCCUGAAGCUUCGGAGGCAGCAGCAGAUCGAGAGAGAGCUCACCGGAUACCUGGAGUGGAUCUGCAAAGCAGAGGAGGUGUUGCUGGAGGAGGAAGAAGAGAUUGCAGAGGAGAAGUCCCCGCUGGACGGUGCGUGGUACAAGAGGAAACAAAACCUUUCAGUCCUGAAACGAGGCAAAGCCAAAAAGGGUAAAAACGACCUGAUCGGCGCCGAAGAAGGAGAAGAUCCUUUUGUGGACAUCUCCUCCGUCGCUCCACCCGGCUCUCCGUUUGGUCGGGCUAGCGUGAAGAGCAGUGGUAAGAUGGACAGCUCCUCUUACUUCCGGCGUAAAGAGAAAAGGACCCGUUUCUUCAUCCGCCGCAUGGUGAAAGCUCAGAGCUUCUACUGGAUCGUUCUGUGUCUGGUGGGCCUCAACACUCUGUGUGUGGCCAUCGUCCACUACAAUCAACCUGAGUGGCUCACAACAGCCCUCUACACAGCAGAGUUUGUCUUCCUCGGUUUGUUUCUCUCUGAGAUGACUUUGAAGAUGUACGGCCUCGGAGUAAGGAAUUAUUUCCACUCCUCCUUUAACUGCUUUGAUUUUGGGGUGAUUGUGGGAAGUAUUUUUGAGGUGAUCUGGGACAUGAUUAAACCAGGAGCGUCAUUUGGUAUCAGCGUGUUGAGAGCCCUGAGACUGCUCAGGAUAUUUAAAGUCACCAAAUAUUGGAACUCUUUGAGAAACCUCGUGGUUUCACUUCUCAAUUCCAUGAAGUCCAUCAUCAGCUUGCUCUUCCUCCUCUUCCUCUUCAUCGUGGUCUUUGCUCUGCUAGGCAUGCAGCUCUUCGGAGGACAGUUUAACUUUGAAGACGAGACACCAACAACAAACUUUGAUACCUUCCCAGCAGCCAUCCUCACUGUGUUCCAGAUUCUAACUGGCGAGGACUGGAACGCCGUGAUGUACCACGGGAUCGAGUCUCAAGGAGGUGUUCGCCGCGGCAUGUUCUCCUCCGUCUAUUUCAUCGUCCUCACGCUCUUUGGAAACUACACCCUGCUGAAUGUCUUCUUGGCUAUCGCUGUCGAUAACCUCGCAAAUGCACAGGAGCUGACUAAGGAUGAAGAACAGCAGGAGGAGGCAGCCAAUAAGAAGCUUGCCCUACAGAAGGCUUUGGAGGUGAAGGAAGUCAGCCCGAUGUCAGCAGCCAAUAUCUCGAUUGCUGCUUUUGUAAAGCAAAAUCGAGAUGCACUCUCUCGCAGGUCGUCCAUCAACAGCAUUCAGUCACCUAAGGAGCAGCAGCGGACAGCAAAGGCCAUGUCAGUGUGGGAGCAGAGGACCAACCAGCUAAGGAGAAACAACUUAAGGGCGAGCAGCGAGGCCUUGUUUAACGAGCUCGACCCCGAGGAGCGCCUUCGGGUGUCCUCUGCCCUCCACCUGCACCCCGACAUGAAGACUCACCUGGACCGGCCGCUCGUGGUGGAAGACAGAAACGGCGACAAACCCAGCAGGACUCCCGAAGGAGGACAGGAGGAAGCUGGGGACCCUUCCAGGCAGGACGGGGCGGGAGACAACCUCCACGCGCACUCCAGGAAGCACCACCGCCACCGAGACAGGAACGGGGAGAGCAAGGAGGGAGGCGACGGCCGCGGAGGGAGGCACCACACCCAUCACAGCCGCAACAGAGAUCACAACAAUGACGGCACACAGACGAAAGAGAGGAGAGGGGAGAGGAGCCAAGGACACAGGCACCACCACCCGGCUGGCUCCCCUGAGGAGGAGGCCAAUGAUGUACGAGGAGGAGGGAUGGAAGAAAGGGGACAUCGCCACCACCAUUCCCAUCGUCCACCAAAAGAGGGGAAUGGGAUGUUGGCAAACGGUGCACAGGGAGAGCGCAGGGGGAGAGGAGGAGGAGGAGGAGAUAGUAAUGGAGAAAGGAAGGGACGCUCCUCUCGUAUGGUCAGAGCUCAGUCCACACUGGACGGAGAGGACAGUAAACGCAACAAGAAUGGAACCAAAGUUCACAGGGAUAGGCAGGCAGAUGCUGAGGAGGACGGCCUCGCCUCCAGUCCCCUACAGGCAAUGCGGAGCAGCCUUAGUCUCGGUGAGAAGCAAGAGGAUGCCGACAACCAGAAGAACUCCAACAGGGCCAGCCAGGCCGGCCUCAACAGCAACGCCAUCCACAUCCCCGUCACCAUCACGGCUCCACCCGGAGAGACCACCAUCAUACCUAUGAACAACAUCGACUGUGAUAACUUCCGACUGAGCGAAGAGAAAAAAGAUCUGGAGGAGGAGGAGGCGGCUAAUGGGCCUCGGCAGAUCCUUCCCUACAGCUCCAUGUUCAUCUUUGGGCAAACGAACCCGGUGCGGCGGCUGUGUCACUACGUGGUCAACCUCCGCUACUUCGAAAUGUGCAUCCUGAUGGUCAUUACCAUGAGCAGCAUCGCCCUGGCAGCCGAGGACCCUGUGCAAGCAAAUGCGCCGCGCAACAACGUUCUCAAGUAUCUGGAUUAUGUAUUUACCGGAGUUUUCACUUUUGAGAUGGUGAUUAAGAUGAUAGAUUUGGGGCUUCUCCUCCACCCCGGCUCUUAUUUCCGGGACCUGUGGAACAUUCUGGACUUCAUAGUGGUCAGCGGAGCUCUGGUGGCCUUCGCCUGCUCGAGCCUUAUGGGAUCGCAACAAAGCGUGGCCAGAGGGACGAAAGGCAAGGACAUAAACACCAUUAAGUCCCUGAGGGUCCUCCGAGUCCUGCGACCACUCAAGACCAUUAAACGGCUCCCCAAGCUGAAGGCUGUGUUCGACUGUGUUGUAAACUCUCUGAAGAACGUUCUCAACAUCCUUAUCGUCUACAUUCUCUUCAUGUUUAUCUUCGCCGUUAUCGCCGUGCAGCUCUUUAAGGGCAAAUUCUUCUACUGCACUGAUGAGUCCAAGGGUCUAGAGAAAGACUGCAGGGGUCAGUUUCUGGACUACGACAGGGAUGAUGUCGCAGCUCAGCCCAGAGAGUGGAAGAAGUACGAUUUCCACUAUGACAAUGUCCUAUGGGCUUUCCUAACACUAUUCACCGUCUCUACUGGAGAGGGCUGGCCACUGGUCCUGAAACACUCUGUUGAUGCCACCUAUGAGGACCAAGGUCCCAGCCCAGGCUUCCGCAUGGAGACCUCCAUCUUCUACGUGGUGUACUUUGUGGUGUUCCCUUUCUUCUUCGUAAACAUAUUCGUGGCUUUGAUCAUCAUCACCUUCCAGGAGCAGGGAGACAAGGCCAUGUCUGAGUGUAGCCUGGAGAAGAAUGAGAGGGCUUGCAUUGACUUUGCCAUCAACGCCAAGCCGCUGACCAGAUACAUGCCAGAGAACAAGCAGUCCUUCCAGUACAAGAUGUGGAAAUUUGUCGUAUCCCCCCCGUUCGAGUACGCCAUCAUGACUUUAAUCGCCCUCAACACGGUGGUGCUGAUGAUGAAGUUCCAUGAAGCUCCAGUCCUGUACGAGGCCAUGCUGAAAUAUCUAAACAUCGUCUUCACGGCCCUCUUCACACUGGAGUGCAUCCUCAAGAUUAUUGCCUUCGGUCCACUGAACUACCUGAAAGCAGCCUGGAAUGUAUUUGACUUUGUGACUGUGCUCGGGAGCAUAACAGACAUCUUGGUCACAGAGAUAAAGACGGACAAAUUGAUAAACUUGAGUUUCUUGAGGCUGUUCAGAGCAGCUCGACUCAUCAAACUGCUGCGGCAGGGCUACACCAUCCGCAUCCUGCUGUGGACCUUCGUUCAAUCCUUCAAGGCCCUGCCGUAUGUGUGCCUGCUCAUCGCCAUGCUGUUCUUCAUCUAUGCCAUCAUUGGGAUGCAGGUGUUUGGUAACAUCGACCUAAAUGAAGAAACUGCCAUCAAUCACCACAACAACUUCCAGACCUUUUUACAGGCUUUGACCCUCCUCUUCAGGAGUGCGACCGGCGAGGCGUGGCAUGAGAUCAUGUUAUCUUGUCUCAGUAACCGGCCGUGUCAUAAGGAUUCAGGAACUUUGGGGAAGGAGUGCGGGAGUGACUUUGCCUACUUCUACUUUGUCUCCUUCAUUUUCCUCUGCUCCUUCCUGAUGCUGAACCUAUUUGUUGCUGUCAUCAUGGAUAACUUUGAGUACCUAACCAGGGACGCCUCCAUCCUGGGGCCUCAUCACCUUGAUGAAUUUAUCCGCGUGUGGGCGGAGUACGACCCUGCUGCCUGCGGGAGGAUAUGCUAUCAGGAUAUGUACAAAUUGUUGCGUUUUAUCUCGCCUCCCCUGGGCCUUGGGAAGAAGUGCCCUAACAGGGUGGCUUAUAAGCGAUUGGUUAAGAUGAACAUGCCCAUCGCCGAUGACAACACAGUGCAUUUCACCUCCACGCUGAUGGCCCUGAUCCGCACAGCCCUGGAGAUCAAACUGGCAUCUGGGGUCCUGGCGCAGCAUUUGUGUGACGUCGACCUGAAGAGGGAGAUAAACCGAGUUUGGCCCAGCCUAUCGCAGAAGACGGUCGACCUGCUGGUGACGCCACAUAAAUACAAUGAGCUGACUGUGGGGAAAGUCUACGCUGCUCUAAUGAUCUUUGACUACUAUAAGCAGAAUCGUGCCAAGAGGCUCCAGCAGCAGAACCCUUCAACAGGACCUACAAGUAAACUGGGGGCCUUGUUCCGUCCUGUGCUGCCCCUCACUAACAUACAGGAAGUGGAACCGCCAUUCCCCAGUCCCAAAUGGCCCAUGCCACCCAAACCUGAGCCAGAAGCCAAGUCAGAGGCUGUGCCCACAACCACCGCUCCACUGAGGAGUGCCAUAAAACAUUCCCAGUCUGGAGAUGUUUCUCAGGCAGCACUGAGGCCCAAAGGCCGGAGGAAACUACAGAGAGGCCAAUCAGAGGAUGUGCCAUAUUCCACCAGACCUCAGGAAUCGGUUGAGAUGAAGAAGGUGGAGAAUAUCUCAGACACAGAGGAAUAUCCCAACCUGGAAGGCCACUGCAGAGCAGCGUCUCUGCCCCGACUCAAUGCUGAGUACUACCGGAGCCACCCUCGCCACGCCCCUGGGACCCACCUGGCACCGAUUGUGGACCUCAGUCCUAUAAGACGCUCGGCAUCCUCUCUGACGCCUCAGUACCACCAGGAGGGCGGGCUGAGGGAAUAUAACCUGGAAAGACCAGACCUGGCCCAGUCCUCCAGCGAGUCAGGGCAAGUCCAGGGCCAGGACAGGGCUCACCACCAUCACCACCACCACCGAUGCCAUCGACGCAGGGACAAAGACAAAGACAAGAAGCAGAAGUCCCUGGACAGAGCUGCAUCAGUGCAGCCGUCCAGCACUGUCGCUGAAGGUUUGUCCAGAGAGCGAGCGAGGGAGCGGGACCGCAGCCGACCUCACGAGAGGAGGCACCACUCCUCAGCAGGAGAGAAGCAGCGUUAUUACUCCUGCGAGCGUUACGGCAGCAGGGAGCAGUGCCACGCCAAGUCAGCCGGUCCCAGUCGAUCCACGUCUCCAGGAGAGGGACCCGACACCGUUUUCCUCAAACAGCAUGGCAGCGGCGUGAUUAAAGCCGUCCCCGUGACGCUGCCGUCUGGUUCCAGCACACCCGGCCGUGGUCGCAGGCAGCUCCCUCAGACGCCCCUCACCCCUCGUCCCGCUGUGGCCUACAAGACCGCCAACUCCUCGCCCCUCCCGUCCGGUGCCAGCACCGCUACGACGGGGCACCAGACUCGUUUCAGCCGUGGCCUUUCAGAGCACGAGCGCUUAGUCGGGGGCUACGACGAGUCCCCGAUACCGGUCACCCGCAUCGGUUCAGACCCUAAUUUAAACCGGCAGCCGAAGGACGCUUCUCAGCAGGCCCUCCUAGAAGAGGCGGAGGACUUUCAGGACGCUGUGAGCAGCCACGGAGGGGGGGCGCGCUCUGCCAGAACAACCUCAGCUACGGCCUCGGCUACACACGGAACUGCCGCUGCGCCCGUCACAGUGCCAACCACUCAAGGCCGGGCGGGGGUGGUGCCUAACGGGUACCACUUCACCCUUGGGGUUAACUCUGCAUCUGGGAGCAGAGGAACAGGGAGUCUCCGGGAGAGGGAUGAAGAGGACUGGUGCUAACAUGGCAGGAAAGCCUGGGAAGUGGUUGGUGUUAGCUGAGGGCGGGGCAGCUCGUCAGAGAUGUACAGCGAGCCGGUGGAAAGGCAAGAUAUUGAGGAAGAAGCC